CACACCUUAGUGCACCUGCUGAGUGUUAACCAUCGCGGCCUUCACGUAUUACUACCCUGAAACUCCGAACAGAGGCAGUGCAUGCUGACCACAGUGCUAUCUGAUGCUAUCUGGAUAAGAUCAACUUGGAUAGAUAAUGGCCUCUACCAUCAGCCUCCUUCCUGAGAAGCACUUUUUGUGCUCUCUGUGUAGAGGCAUCUUCACCAGCCCAGUUACCAUACCAUGUGGACACAGCUUCUGCUUGUCCUGCCUCUGCCAGUACUGGGCACGACACCAGUCCAAAUACUGCCCCCACUGUAAGAGAGUGUUUACUGACAAGCUUGACCUCAGUGUCAACCGUAUUCUGGCAGACGUCUCAGAAAACUACAGGAAGACUCGACCACAGAAACCACCUGAUGAGGAACUGGUUAUUGAUGUUGAACAGAUGCUCCAGGAAAGGCUGCAGAAGAUAGAAAGGUUGAAAUAUUCUCUCGAGGUACAAAAGAGCUCUUACCUCAGAGAGGUGCGAGAGAGCCAGAAGGUCUUCUCUGCCCUGGUGAAUGCCAUGGAGAAGAGUCACAAAGCAGUUGUUGCUGCAAUUGAGGAGAGACAGAGAGAUGAGGAGAAGAGAGUAGAAACGCUGGUGAAAGAGCUGGAACUGGAGAUCCAGGAGCUGAGGAAGCAGACCGCCGAAUAUGAACCUCAGGUUGCUGUAAACGGUGAUCAAAGCGACGACACAAAGCUAGUUUCCUUGAACAUUGUUUCCACGAUUUCCGUCUCUGACAUGAAGGACUGGUCUAAGGUUACCAUAGAAACUGACCCUUGUGUUGGGGUCACCAGACGAGCACUGUCAGAUAUGUUGGAUAAGAUCAAAGUAGAAGUCAACAGGCUCUCCAAAUCUGAACUUAAGAGAACAGAGAAAUACACAGUGGAUGUCAAUCUGAGUGCCAAGACAGCCCACCCCUUCCUAUCUGUCUCAGAUGACAGAAAACAGGUGAGACACACAGACAAGCUUCAGGAGGUCCCAGAUCACCCCAAGCGGUUCGACCGUGUGGCAAACGUGCUGGCCAAAGAAAGCUUUGGCAGUGGGAGGUCCUACUGGGAGGUGGAGGUCGGGGACAAGAUUGAGUGGAACCUGGGUGUCGUCAGACAGUCCAUUAACAGGAAGGGCAAGUUCACUGUCUGCCCUGCAAAUGGUUUCUGGACUUUAAGCCUGAAGGCUGGAGGUCAGUACAUUGCCAACACCGCUCCUGCCACCCUGGUGGCUCUGGAGCAGAGGCCCAAAAAGGUGGGUGUGUUUUUGGACUACACAGAGGGCCGUGUGUCCUUCUACUGCGCAGAAUCUGGAAUCCACAUUUACACUUUCACAGAUACCUUCAUUGACAGGCUUCAUCCAUUCUUCAGUCCUGGUCGCCUGCAUGGUGGCAAAAAUGCUGCUCCCUUAAUCAUCUCCUCUAGUUUUUGCAGCAUCUGAACAUCAAU